GCACUGCACCAAGUCACUACGACUCGUUCGCCGACCACAACGCAAGGCUCUACCGUGAACAGGGGAUCAUCGCCAUCCAAGGGCCUGAGUCCCACUAUGGCUGCAUUCACGCCAACAUCAGUGAUGCGCAAAAUGCACAUGGAGCGCCAAGACCCAAAAGCCUCUGACAAAGGUGGCUCCAAAGCCAAUGGGGAAGCCGCACCGAGCGAUGGCACAGGUAGACAGCAGCAGCAACAGCAGCAACAGCAGCAACAGCAGCAGCAGCAGCAUCGAAUGAACAAUGGCACGGUGCCUCGGGCUCCCACCAUGGGCAGGGCCAUCAUAAAGGGCAACCAGGCUGCCCAGCCAUCAACUUCGUCUGACGCAAAGAACCCCAAGCAGAUACAGCAGCAUCCACCUCAGCAACAGGCUGCGGGCAGCCUUAUGCGAGGUGGCGGAGAGGUGGACAUGAUGGCCAAGCUGUUUGAGCACCAGCGCCUUCUCCAGCAGCAGCAGAGGGCACCACCGGGUGUGCUGGGCAUGGUCAGGCAGCAGCAGCAGGGGCACCCUGCCAUCAAGCUGCCAGGCAUGAUGAGAACUGCGGGAGGCAUGGCUGCUGCUCCACCGGCAGCUCCCCCACCGGCCGCCAUGGCUGCGUCCCGUGCCCACCACGCAGGCGGAAUGAAAGGCGUGGCUGGCGGCAGUGGGCGUGGCCCCUCGGUUGAGAUGCUGCAGCAGGCCCUGGCCCAAGGUCUCCACCCACUGGCAUUCCAGCAGUUCCUGCUCGGGGGUGCCGCUGCCCCUCCGGCUGUGGGACCUUCUCCCUUUGCACCGGCCUUGCACCCUUCCCCAGCGCACACCUUCGUGCCCAAUGCCACGGGACAGCGCGAUGUCAAGGGUCCUGGCAUGGUGCCCGGUGGACUCCCCGGUCGCGGGCCCGCUGUGCCAGCAGCGGCAGCUGCGGCAGCAGCCGCUGCUGCAGCCGGGGUGCCUCCCGCCAAUCUGGCCAAGUGGUUCGGCAGUGACGUGCUCUACCAGCCCACCUUGCCCCCCGUGCCUCACCAGAAGGCCCUGCUCGUCGAGGAGGUUGAGCGACAGCAGCAGCAGGCCACGGCCGUCAAGAACUGAGCAACGAUCGCCACCUGUCCACCGCAGUUUCUCUCGUCCGGAACGUGUUUUGUGCCGGCCGUCGUCUCCUCUUCACAACGGCCCGUGCACUCGUCGCGGCAGACGACACACUUUUCUGCCCAUCGUUAACCCUUCCGGAGGACGUCUGAAGAUGUAGGGGGGUGCCUCUUUGGUGACCCUGUUGGUUCUGACCCCCUUCCCCUCUUUAGUCAGAGCACCCUCCACCUGCCCCCUUUGCAUCAUGUGACCCGGUGCCACUUAGGAGACAGAUGCUGUGGAACAUAAGAGGGGGCAGUCCUUCCUUCGAUAUAACUUUAUUUUUUGUUCUUGCGGUGACUCGUGUAUGUGUUCAACAUGGUCGGGGUGAAAGGUGGUUUGAGUGCAGCAGCACUGUUCUUGAAGUGUACUACCACUUGCGCACUGUUUCCCUUCAGGCGCUGUUGAUGACGAUGGCGUGGGGUAUGAAGGUACGACUGACACGUGCGUUGUGUGAGGAGCUUACGGAAGAUGUUUUGCGUGGGACAGUUCCCCCACCCCCGCCCGCUCUUCUUCGCCUUUGUGUUGGCUUACUUUCGUUGUUCAGCUUGUUUGCAUGCUACAAAAGGCUAGUUUCGCAGAAGCGGUGUUCCAAGGAGAACAUGCGGGAAAAAGUGUGCACAGUCCGCAUUACUUUGCAACUUUUUGUGGUCUCUAAAUAUUCCUGGCUGCAUUGUAGGGAGUGUCUUGUGUGCUUCCUGCUUUAUUGGGGAGAGUACCUUAAUUUAAUUCAUUGCCUCUUCAGAGUGUGGCUUCUUUCUUUGAAAUUUGGUCAUUUAAGGUUUCUUUUUUUUUUUUUUUUCUGCGACUGAAGUACAAAGUGAGGGGAAAAAAAUGGCUGCGUUUAUUUCUUAUUUGCAUACUGUUCUUUCGUAUGCUGUCCCUCGUGACCAUCCGGUGGUUUUCUCCUCCAAAGCGUGUCGUCAAGAGUCUUGUUACCUUGAUGGGAUCGGCGGCACCGUGUCUGCCGAGCCUUGUUUGUUUGAGGAAGAGGUAGACUUCACUUUGGCUGUGCAGGUCGGUGCAGCUUGUGUGUGUGUCUCUGUGCGAGCGUCUUGUCUUGCGUAGGCUCGUAGUUGUGUCCCGUGCCGUUCUGUUGGUGUGUGUGUGUGUUCUAGUUACGUGCAUUAGUAGGGAUACUGUAGGAAACAUUGCACCUUGCCGUUCUUGUUUGUCAUUUGCAUUGUACGCAUUCAAAGUGCAGCGUCUCGUUUGAAGUGCUUCUUUUUCAUUUGCUUCGUGCUAGCAUAUUUGCUUGUUCUACCCAUUUUUCUUUCUACGUGCAAAGUUGUCGACGUAAUCUUCCGCGUCGUUCGUAUCUUUGUGUACGCGUUAACAUUUGUGCCCUCUGUGCGACCGUACGAUUUUGUUCGUUGUACGUACGAGUUUAGCUUACAAAGUCCACUUCUUUUUACGCAUUGUACCGUAGAAAUUGAAUGGCUCGGCUAGUUGCGUACAUGCGAUAGAAGUCCCAGGUUUUAUUGUACCCACUCGUUUGUGUAUAUUAAGCUAUCCUUUCGUUGACUGUCCAGGCUCCCACUCUAUUGAGUGGUUACCCGAGAGCCUCAAGGGAUGCAGGCGCUUGUUUACGCAGAGUGGCUGGAAAAGUGGCAUAAAUUUGAGGGUGCCCACACCCUUCUAGUUGCAGCGUUGCUCGACAUUGAUCAGUGACAAUCUGCCUGCUUCCCUUUCAGUGCAUGUCAUUAGCUCGCUUACUUUGUAGCAUUUUUCUCGUUCGAAGGUGCUUGACCGGACAGUCCUUGCGUUUUACUUUUCGUGUUUCUUUUACGUACCUCUUGUAACUGUCUUUACACUAGGCUCUCAAUGCUGGCACUUGCCUUCGCCUGUCGUUGCUCGUCGUUAGCCCGUGCUGUAUCUGAAAGUACUGCCGCAUCUCUCGCAUCCGAUUGAUGGCUGUUGCUGCCUAAGCCACUGCAUCGUUUUUUUUCUGCGAAAGGCCACCACCACACCGCCAUGCGUUUGCCAUUGGCAGAUUGUAGCACUGGGUGCUGAAAGUCAUUUACCACUGUCACGCGUGGCCUACAGGCACUACAACUAACGGCUGCGCCAUUUUUCCUCCCUCUCUGACGUUCCUUCGUUCCACUGACGUCAAAAACAUGCAGCUGGUUCUGCUUCUUCUAUUUUCAAUCUAUUUUGACCGUAAAUGUGUUUCAAGUUUUGUGUGGUUUCCUUUACAUUUUUGUUCGGGUCCCUCGUGCGAUAUUGUGACGUCCUUGUUUAGUCCGGAUGGGGAUGAAAAACAAGAGCUUUGAAAAGUAAACAAAAAAAACGAAAAACUUUUCUCAAAAGAAGUGACGUAAACUUGUCUGAGAAAAAAAGUAAAAAUGAAAGUCUGUGAUAGUCAUUUCAGCUCUUUAUGCCCUAUUUUUUUUUUACGGUUGUGUGCAGCCGUUUUUUUUCCGUAUUUUAUUUUUCCCGGUCUUGUGUGCCCUGCAAGCCUCUUGUGCCCGGAUGUUGUUCUGGUCAUCAUUCUGUAAACUGUGUUGUCCCUAUCUACUAGCGUGUAUGUUUGUGUGUCUGUGUCAAAAACAAAUGCGGGUCUCCAGUUGUAUACACUUGUAAGAUUUUUUUUUCUUUCCUUCAAUCCAGUGUAACAAUUUCUGGUGUCUCGUUUUUUUCUUCCCAACUUUAAAUUUGGUGCUCAGCAGUUGUCGGUAGCAGUAGCAUACAUAUAUAUAUACGCACCUGUCCAGUGUGUGUGUGUGCUAGUUAAAAGCUGUACUGUAAAUAUCAGUGUCUCUCCUGGGGUAUCUUUUGUUUUUUACAUUUGUUUCUUGGGUCUCCCAUCAAAACAGGUCUGUCGUGCAUUUGUGCAUCUCUGUACAUAACCUAGGCAAGUGAAAUGUGUUGUAUAUGUACCUCCACACACCUCCCUCCCUUGCCAUGUCGCCAAGUGUCCGAGCUUCGUGUAGCAGCGUUUCGCUACCUAAAUGCACUCGAGAUAACGGGGGAAAAAAAAAGUCCUGUUCUUUUGAUGGCCCGUAGGUGUAGUUAGUGAUGCCUUGUUUCAAUGUCUCCUAUGGGAGGAGUAUUUGUGGUGUAUUGCGCAUUGGUCGGUCAGAUUAAUGUUGGUAACCGACGUGCGUCGACGAUGUGCGUUUCUUUUUCUGUAAAUAGCGAGACUGUGUUUCGUGUGAGCAUGUGUGUUUGUGCGAGUGAGCAACAGUGAAAAAAAAAAGUGUGAUGCGUUGUAACUCGAGCAGAGUUUUAAGAAUUAUAUAAACUGAAAUGGUUCUUCGAUCCUGCUAUAUAUAUUUUUUCUCCCUCGUUCGCUCGCAUACUGUAGUCACAGCAUCCCAGUUUCGGUUUCUGUGGGUAAAAAAAAAGUUAAAUGUACUGGCAGUGCACAUACUGCCAGUUGAGGAUGCUGGCAGGUUCGAAAUGUGAACAAAAACCUGGCAGCAGCGUCGUCCACGGCUGCAUUUGAAUGUAGUAGUUUAAAUCAUUUCGAUUCGAAGCAAUUCAGACCCUGCUGCUUUCUUUUCUUUCCUCUCUGAAAUAAAUUGUGCCUUUUUAUUGAA